UUAUCCAUGUCAUAAUGCCACUUAUUUUCAAAACAGUUUGUAGAGCGAGUUUCUGAUUUAAGAAUUAAUAUUUUAUCCAAAUGAUUUUUAUAAAUAACAAUUUGGAGAUUGCCGUGUAAGAAAUUCACAAUCGAUAUUAUAGUGUCCACAGCGAUGUUCCUGACAUCUGACAUCUUUCUGUAAAGUUAUGUGCUAUAUAUGCAGUUGUUUCACUUGGACUUUGGAUUUGCUUCAAAGGAUAUUAACUUUUUUCCUCUCAUGCUGGUUGGCAUGCUCUGUGUGCUGUGGACUGGGCAUCGCAAUAAUUGCUGGAGUUGCGUACGGCUACAAUUACUGUUUGGCUGAGUCUAUUAUCCACAUGAGGCCUGAUGUAAGAGUGUACAUGCGCCGAGGUCAGUUUUAUGACAAACCAGAUAUGUUAUUCCAUCACAGGAUUGGUGACGACGAUGACGAUUAUCAGCAAGAAUUUUCACCGGGAGAUGGUUCCCUUGCAAAACAUUGGGAAAAAGACCAGUUUACAAAAAAAUAUGCGGAGAAGCUCACGAUAUACUCUAACAGGAAAAAGGAACAAAAUGAUAAAUAUCGUCAACAAGAAGAUGACUCAGAUUCGUUACAAUGGAAGAAGGGCCAGGAUACACCAAGACGUUCCAGUGAAAAGACUUUCAUUAGUGCAGACUAUCAAGUUCCUGAGAGUAACUUUUACUACAAACCCAGGACACCACCAGUGCGUCGGGUAUCAAUACUACCAAAUCCGAUUAUCCCUACAACAGUAAUACAAAGUGGCUCUUCAGAAAUAGUGAUGAGAAUAUUUGAGCCUGUGUCAAAUAUCGUCCCAGAACCUAGCAAUGAAGUUGAUGAGUAUGAUGACAAAUCUAGCUGGGUUAUCGAUAAAGGAAUUGAUUCGAGAAUAAAACCUCCUGAAGAGAUAGAAAGUAGAACAAAAGCAUUUUCUCCAAGUAUCAGAAUGCGGCUUGAAGAUAGUCCUACAAGAAAACUCGUAAAAAUGAGACACUAGGAGACAUCUUCGAAACCAGUCAAGUCGGAAUACUUGGCAGACGUGGAUGAAGACAACGUAAGAAAAUAAAAU